AUGGCGUACGCGUUCAUUUUAGCUUUAACUGGACCGGUGAAAAAUACUUUGCACAACAUGGGUAUACUCUCAGAAUCAUUGUCUUGUGCGCAAGAACAGUUAAAAGAAGCGGUAAAGACCGUGGUGGAUUUAGCGAAGCAGCCAUUUUACGCUCUACGAGAUGCAAUAUCGAAAGUUGUAAAGUCAGUGAAAGUAGUCGUAAAGAAGAUAAAGCAAACUCUAAUCGCGAUUAAAAGGAUCGUUCUCAGUAUUCUUAGAGUUAUCAGUUCGGUAUUUCAAUGGCUUGGAAGUAUUAUAAAUAUGUGUAAUAAAAAGUUGGGCACACCUUUCGAGAGGUGUCAAAACGUUUUCGAAGGUGCUGUGGCCGAUUGUAAAGCAAAAUUAGGACCGUAUCUCGGCGUGGUUUGCAAUAUAACUUAUAUAGUCAGUACUCUGUGCUACAUAGUGAAACCAUUGGAUUUUAUUUGCAUGCUUGUCUCUUAUAUAUCCGACACCGUAGUAGGUGUCGUACGAAACAGUAAGUUAUAUUCGAAUGAACUUUAAUCGAUCAUUUCGUAGAUCGAUUCAAUCGAUUGCUUUGUUUGUAGAGAUUAAAAAGUUUACAAUGCACAUGAAAGCGAUGUUCUACGUUAAAGUUAAGUUCUCCCAUUCGUUUCAUUUCGAAACGAAUCAAACAAAAACGAUAAAAGAAGUGACUACGAAUAUUGGUAAGGA